GGGCUAGAUGGCGCGGAGGCUUGGUGGCUCGUUGGGGCUUGGUGGCCCGUUCUCCGCCGCGAGCAGAAGCCUCCAUGCUCUACUUUUGGACAACUAAAUGACUGUUGGGGCAUUGAACAAUCUGAGGUAUGCCCCUUAAUUUGUCGCAGCUGGUGAAGCGGUGGCCUCGCAGGGGUUGCGACGGUGGUCUCUGCUGUAAGAGUGCUUAAAUGGAGAGUUUCUUCGAGUUGGUCUCAAGUUUGCUCCACUAGCUGGAUAUCACUGGCUGCUAGAAUUCUGGUGGUCCUUAUGUGCAAGCAUGAAUUUGAUGCUCGAUACCAGAAGCCUGAAGAUAAACUAUAUAUUGCGCAACUGUAUUUUCCUCUUAUUGGCCAGAUUUUGGAUGAGAUGCCUGUUUUUUACAACCUUAAUGCUGUUGAAAAGCGUGAAGUUCUCAUAGUUAUUUUGCAAAUUGUGCACAAUCUUGAUGAUGCAUCACUUGUGAAGGCAUGGCAGCAGAGCAUUGCAAGGACUAGAUUAUUUUUCAAACUCAUGGAGGAAUGCCUAAGUCUUUUUGAGCACAGAAGGUCUGCUGAUGGCAUGCUUAUGGGUUCUAGUUCUCGUAGUCCUGUUGGGGAUGCACCUGCUUCCCCUAAGUACUCUGAUAAACUUUCUCCGGCAAUCAACAAUUAUCUGUCUGAGGCAUCAAGACAAGAAGUCAGACCUCAGGGAACACCUGAAAAUGGAUAUUUGUGGCAAAUAGUAAAUUCUCAGUUAAGUUCUCCUAGCCAGCCAUAUUCAUUGAGAGAGGCUCUGGCUCAGGCACAAUCUUCUAGAAUUGGAGCUUCUGCUCAGGCUCUUAGAGAAUCUUUGCACCCAUUAUUGAGGCAAAAACUGGUAUGUUUACUUUAUUAUUAUCAUAUUAAUUUUUUUUUUUGAAAAGAAACUUCUUUG